GCAAAUUGCCACCGGUGUGGUGGUUUGCUAACUGAACAGUGGGCCCGUCGUGACAGAGUGGUUACCACCAUCCUCGGCUUCUCUGACGCGCCAUCUCCACCGUCCGCCGUCAAUCCCCACCGCGCCACAGCCGCCGCCCAGAUGGCCGCGGCUGGCGGCUUCUCCCCCCUCUCCGGCACCCUCCUCCGCCGCCGCAUACCCCUCCACCAUCACCGCCGCUUCCUCUCCAUCGCGGCCGCUGCCUCGGAAGCCCCCGCGCCUGCCCCCACCCCGUCCCAGCCGCCGCCGCCGCCGCGUCCACGCGGAAAGGGGUACUUCCCCAAGAAGAACGAGAUCCUCGAGCUGACCUGCGAGGGGCUCGCCUUCAAGGGGAAGGGCGUCUGCAAGGUCGACGGCUCCUCCUUCGUCCUGCUCUGCGACGGCGCUCUCCCCGGCGAGCGCCUCGUGGCUCGCGUCCGUCGCCUCCGCCGCGGCGCCUUCGCCGAGGCCGCCAAGCUCAAGACCCUCUCGCCCCACCACGACGCCGUCGAGGCCCCCUGCCCCCUCGCCGCCGACUGCGGCGGCUGCAAGAGCCAGUCCCUCGCCUACUCUGCGCAAAUCCACCACAAGUACGUCCAGGUCCGCGACCUGCUGGUAAAUUUCGGCAAGUUUGACCCCAGGAAGCUGGAGAGCUCGGAUUCAGACGCCGUCCUUAAGCCCAUCGUGCCGUGCGACGAGAUAUUUCGGUACAGGAACAAGAUGGAGUUCUCGUUUGGGACGAAGAGGUGGAUGAAAAGGGAGUGGAAGGAGGAGAAAGAGGAGGUGUCGAAGGGGGAAGAGUUGGAGACUGAUGGUUAUUCACUUGGCCUCCAUGCACCAGGGUUCUUUGACAAGGUGCUUCACGUCGAGACGUGCUUGCUGCACAGUGAGCCGGCAGAUAAGGUUCUUGCAGUUGUUCAAGGAAGUUGGACGGAUCCGGCUCUUGGCCUCACGCCUUACGAUGUCUACAAGCACACUGGGUUUCUCAAGCAUCUAAUGAUACGAACUGGAAGAAAUGUCAGCACUGGAGCUCCAGAAGUGAUGGUCAAUUUUGUGACAUCAUGUUAUAAACCUGAGCUACUGGUGCCUCUUGUGGAUAGAAUCACAAAAAUAUCUGAAGUGGUAAGUGUCGUAAAUAAUGUGAAUACAUCUGUUGGCAAUACAUCCGUGGGUGAGCAAGAAUAUACCUUGUACGGGAAACCGACCAUUACAGAAAUGUUGAGAGGACUUACAUUCCAGAUAUCUGCCAACUCCUUUUUCCAGACUAAUACAAAACAGGCUGAUGUUCUUUAUAAGCUUAUUGGAGAUUCUGCUGGGCUUAAAGGAGAUGGCUCUGAGAUUGUUCUUGACUUGUUUUGUGGAACUGGAACCAUUGGACUGACUCUUGCUAGAAGUGCAAAGCAUGUUUAUGGAUAUGAAGUUGUCCCUGAAGCCAUUGCGGAUGCCCAAAAGAAUGCUCAGUUGAAUGGUAUCAGUAAUGCUACAUUUGUUCAGGGAGACCUUAACAAAAUCAAUGAAACAUUUGGGAAGGAAUUUCCAAAGCCUGACAUAAUCAUAUCAGAUCCUAAUCGUCCUGGGAUGCACAUGAAGUUAAUCAAGUGGCUGCUGGAAGUUAAAGCCCCUCGAAUAGUGUACGUCUCGUGUAAUCCAGCUACUUGUGCACGGGAUCUGGACUAUCUAUGUCAUGGCGUGGAGGAGAAAGGCCUGAGAGGGUGCUACGAGCUGAAGCGUGUAAUACCUGUCGAUAUGUUUCCCCACACUCCUCAUAUUGAGUGUGUUUGCUUAUUGGAGCUGUGCUGAUUUUCAGUUCUGUUCAGCUAGAGCCACCAGAAGGUUUUCAUUUGCUUCCUUAUCCUGCAUAAUCACUUAUUCUUCUGCUCUUAUAAGGUGUAACCAUCCUUCUACUUGUGGUUCAGAGAUUCAUAUUCUGAAAUGGGGUACACCUAUUUUUGAGAUAGAGUAUAAUAUCCACGCGGCAUAUCAUGCACUGUAGUUUACUGAAGUUAACAAGACGCCCUGAUUGCUGAAUGUAUUGUUCAGUUAGCAUAUCUCAAGCAGAAGAGGCACACAACGCGAAUGUGACGUACUGUGUGGGUUGAAGCCCCGGAACUGGAAGCGCCCUAUAGAAGGACUCUGGGAAAAUCUUCGACAGUUGUUGAGGUUUUGCUCAUUGUUUGCACGCAGGCGAUACAUUCUGUAAGCAGUAAGAAAAGAAUGGAUGAAUUUGUCUGAUCUCUUCACGAUGGUGUGUCAGAAUUUAAAUUUGCUUCCGGGACAUCCUUGACUCCUCCCAUAGCUGAUGCUGAAUUGUGGCUCGUUCUUUUGUUCGACUGAAUUUUGGUUCGUGGUUGGCAUGUACUGUGUACAAUUUUUCCUUUUUUUGAUUGAUGAUGAUGUCGUUGAGUACUUUCAAGGAACAUGUAAGACCCGUUAAGUUAGAAACGCAAAUGGUGGAGAACUGGAGAUGGAAUCGAAAAUGCCUUUUCGAAUCCUGGGCUGUACCUAUAUUUCCGGAAAUAAAAAUUGAAAUGUCGACAUGUGGUUGUGAAAAUAAAAAUUGAAAUGUUGACA